AUAAAAAAGAAAGAAGCGCAAUUUGUUCUUAGUUUUAUUCAUAACUGUAUAAAUUCUUAACGAGUAAUUAACUUAAGUUUUUCAUCAAUAUAACAAAAAGGAAUGAGCUAGCUUUUUCUUCAAUGGAACAUACCUUAAAAUAAAAUUAUCUUAAAUAUAAACACUCAAUUAAAAUCUAAUUAGACAUGGACGCUGAGCUAAAUGACGUCCAAUACGUCCUUGAUUUAUUAUUCUAAACAGCGUUCAAAGCAGAAAGAAAAAAAGAACAUCUGUCGAAUCAAAGGUUAUGCUACAGUAUCAAUGAUGAGAUAGUUAGAGCUUGUAGUUCGAAAAAAGAUAAACCUAAAUGAUUCAUCUGUUUCUUUGAAAAUUAUUUUGUUUAUAGUGUUUGACAGUUCAGUAGCUGCGUGCAUUAAAUCACAUUUGAUUUUUCACCUGGUGGAUUAUUUAAGUACCGGCUUAAAUACAGCAAUGCCUUCAACGACGACUCCAUUAAUAAAGUAUGAUGGUUUUUGGAUUUAUCCUUCGCAAUGUUCCUCAUAUAAAUGUAGCGAAAGACAUUCCUGAAGCAUGGGCAGGGAACAUAAGAAAUCUCGCUCUCAUCUUCAUUCUUCUACGAGCUGGUCUCGAAGUGGAUUCUGAUAUUUUAAAGAAUAAUAAAAACACUUGCUUUAAAGUGAUACUCAUACCAUUCGUUUGCGAAGUCGUUGUUGGAUCUGUUGCUGGCCACUACUUAUUAGAAAUGCCUUGGAUAUGGAGUUUUCUUCUAGGGUCGAUGUUAUCAGCUGUUUCCCCAGCUGUCGUUUUGCCUGUUAUGCUCAAAAUGAUGAAAAAGGGUUUUGGAAUGGCAAAUGGAAUUCCGACAAUGGUCAUUGCCGUAGCUGGAAUCGACGAUGUUUUGGCUCUCACAGCUUUUGAGAUUCUACUGGGAGUUACAUUUGCUACAGGAACUUUAGCAUGGACUGUCGCUCAAGGUCCUGUGGAAAUCGUAGUUGGUAUUUCAUAUGGUAUCAUUGUUGGGGUCAUAUUUUGGUAUGUGCCCAACCCAGAGGAGAAAAGUAAAUCAACAUUUCGCUUCAUGAUGUUGGUCUUUGCAGCCAUGUGUGUUUUCUUUGGAAGUCAAGCUUUAGGUGCUGGGGCUGCCGGAGCCCUUGGGUGUAUAUGCCUCCCCUUUACAGCUGCCAUACGAUGGAAGAAAAAAGAUUGGGAUGAUGAAGAUAAUCCCGUGGGUGAUGCUUUAUCAUUUGUUUGGAGGAUUAUUGAACCUUUUCUCUUUGGAUUAAUUGGUUCAGAGAUUAGGAUAGAUUACUUGCAACCAGAAACUGUAGGUCUAGGGUUAGGAACCAUGUUCGUUGGAUUAGCUUCCAGAAUGAUUGGUUCGAUGUUUGCUGCUUACAGUGCCGGCCUUACCCUCAAAGAGCAAAUUUUUAUCACAUUCGCUGGCAUGCCAAAAGCUACUGUUCAGGCUGCCAUAGGUCCAGUUCCAUUAGCAAUGGCUAGGAAAUUUCAACUGGGAUCUGAAAUUGAACAGUAUGGUAUUGAGAUUCUCACUGUAGCAGUUCUUGCAAUACUUAUCACUGCACCGCUGGGAGCAACAGCCAUAGCUGUGUUGGCCCCCAGAUUACUAGAAGCACCAGAACCAGCUAACAAAUUAGAUGGAAAAAUAAACAUAGAAAACAAAGAAAGUACAAGCAUCACCAUGUAUGGAAGUGUACACACAGCUAACUCAUCCAAAGAAGAUGGUAAAGUUUCAACCAUAUUUAAGGAAACAACUCAAGAUGCCAGGCUAUGACAUUAGCCACCGUUACCUCUAAAGUACCUCCGAGAACAUUCAUAGCACAGAUUCACAAAACAAGUUGCAUUCAUAAAGUAUAUGCUAUCUAGUUUGUGCAUUAUUACUUCAUACUGAAUAUAGAUUUCAUAUGCAUUAGAAACUCAUUCUUAUUAUAGAUUUAUAUGUAUCGAAUUUUAUUUUCCAAGAUCAAAUAUAAAUUGAAAUUUGAAAUAUG